CAAGCUUGUAGUACAGCGGGGAAUGGAACUGGAGCAAAGCGAAACAAUAAUACGAGCGCAAAGGCCAUUCUAACUGCAGCUAGAGCGACAGGCUGUGGAUACCGCUCCCCCCGCGUUUUUAGCAAAUACGGGAAAUCGCGGAGAAGACGUGAAAGGCGAGAGAUCGUUCACACCUGGGAGGUCAGUAGAAAAGUAACUAAACCUCGCGCAUCUGCUCGCCGUGGCACGAGACAGCGAGCCUCGCGGACAAUCUCAAAGUGCAGGACAUGCGGAUUUCUCCGGCUUGGGACACAGCCGGGGUGUAUUAGUUAGUUCCUUUUGAACAGAUCGCUUAACAGCAGCUGAAAGGGGGGGAAAGCCAUGUCCCGAAGAAAGCAGAGUAAGCCCAGACAGAUCAAACGAUCCCUUGGAGACCUGGAGGAAGGCGAAGACAAUCCACCUGAUGACAUCAGCCUAUCAGGGGAUGAGGGCGGAGCCUCGGAGCAGGAAGACUCGGCAGAGUGUGAUGACUCCAGCCCAGCAUGUGCACCGCUAUAUAGUGAAGAGCCAAGGACAGAUGACUCACCUGGCUUACCUGACGAUGACGAGGAGGAGAAGGGACUGACACACAGCGGCGAGGAAGAGGAGAGAGAGGCGGACCCCCAGUGGGACGGCCCAGAUGAUCUCCGUCUGAUCCAUGUGGGUGAAGUCAUGAGGAUCAGCGCCUGCAGGGACCUGAUGCCCGACACCGUGUGGGGACCCUACAGUGGGCGUGUCCAGGCCGAGGAGCAGAGCGAGGGGCAGGAGGGAGAGGGUCUGAGUAUGACUCUGGUUAGCACAGAGUCAUGGCUGAAGAAGCUGCCGGUCACCUCCAGCCAAACAGCCGCCAACUGCACUAUCUACAGCCGAGGUGAAGAGCUGUACUGUAAGGUGACCCAGGAGGUCCACAGGGAGGACUGUUUACUGGCCGCCCUCUCUGGACCCAAGGAGGACCGGGCAACGCCCACGGAGACCCACAAUGCACCCAUAAAGGAGGAGGAGCCCGCCUACCCAGCUGCCCUACGCUCCGAGAUCCAGCUCCUCCCCCAGCAGGCUGGCAUGGCCGCCAUCCUGGCCACGGCCGUCGUCAACAAGGACAUCUUCCCGUGUAAGGACUGCGGGAUCUGGUACCGGAGCGAGCGGAACCUCCAGGCUCACCUGAUGUACUACUGCGCCAGCCGUCAGAAGCAGGAGCCCGCCUCGCCGCCGCUGGAGAAGCCCAGGGAGUCGUACCCCAACGAGCGCAUCUGCCCCUUCCCCCACUGCAACAAGAGCUGCCCCAGCGCCAGCUCCCUGGAGAUCCACAUGCGCACGCACAGCGGUGAGCGGCCCUUUGUGUGCCUGAUCUGUCUGUCGGCGUUCACCACCAAGGCCAACUGCGAGCGGCACCUGAAGGUGCACACGGACACGCUGAGUGGCGUGUGUCAUGGCUGCGGCUUCAUCUCCACCACACGGGACAUCCUCUACAGCCACCUGGUCACCAGCCACAUGGCGUGCCAGCCAGGGUCCCGCAGUGAGGUGUACUCCCCCGGCCCCGGCCUGCCCCCUCUGACGCUGGCAACAGGUGUAAGUGCAGCGGAGUCUGGGGUUGUGCUGAAGUGCCAGGUGUGCGGUUUCGCGGCAGACUCACCUGCACACCUGCAGCAGCAUGUGCGGACCCACCUGGAGGUGCGGGUCGCGGCGGAGAGGAGCCCCGCUCACCGACGCAGCCCGGCUUCUUCCUCCUCCUCCUCCUCGUCCGACAGCCCCGAGCCGGCGUGUGUGCGCCCGCCAGACUCCGUCACCCCGGGGGCCAACGGGGGCUCCGCCACCCCCCGUGAGGGCAGCCCGCUGGGCCAGCCCCCCGCCGCUGUGCAGAUUAAAGAGGAGCCGCGGUCCGAGUCUGAGAAUGAGGAUGAAGAGGACCGCGUCGGGGGCGGGGCAGCCCGGGAGAGCCAGGGGAAGACUGCCACCUCCCGAACCCCGUCCCCGAGGGUCCCACCCCCAGCGCAGGUGAAGGCGGAGCCUCCCAGCCCCACGCCCGGCUCCAGCCCCGUGCACCUGGGCGCUGGGGGGUCGGGGCUGCCGGGGGGCGCGGUCAUCUUGCCCCAGUACAUGUUCGGGCCUGAGACCAUCAUGCCGCAGGCCUCCGAGAUCCUGGCCAAGAUGUCCGAGAUGGUGCACAGCCGGCUGAAGCAGGGCCAGACCCCGGGAGGGCCGUCGGCCUUCUACGCGGCCGGCUCACCCGUCCAGAAGGGGGCGACCUGCUUCGAGUGUGACAUCACCUUCAACAACGUCAACAACUUCUACGUCCACAAGAGGCUGUACUGCUCCAGCCGGCGACAGCAUGCGGACACACCUGCCGCCACACCGCAGGCGAAGGACGGGGCGGAGGAGGCGACGCCCCCCGUGGCGUUCAGCUCCUCCCCCGGGGCCGAGGGGAGCCACGCACCCGCUGCCAUACGCAGUGACUCGGAGCCGCAGCCGGGAGGCGCCGGGGCGGACGUCAAGCCGGUGGAGGUGAAGAGCGAGGAGGCGGGGCUGAGGGAGGCCUCAUGCUCAGAGGGCGAGAGCGGCAGCCGGGCGAGCGAGGGCAGCCAGAGCCCCGGCGGCUCGGGCGAGGACGCCGACGACGACCCCACCGCCACCUUCUGCCAGGCCUGCAACAUCCGCUUCAGCCGGCACGACAACUACAUGGUGCACAAGCGCUUCUACUGCGCCUCGCGGCACGACCCCAACAACCAGCGGCCGCACGCGGGCAAGGCAGCCUUCCUGCCCCAGCCCAUCCGCACGCGCAAGCGCAAGAAGAUGUACGAGAUCCACAUGGCCCGCAGCCAGGCCCUGGCUGGCUCCGCCCCCGCCCCCGUGCUGGCCGUCAAGCAGGAGAUCGGGGCCCCCGCCAGGCCCACCCCGCCCCUGGGGCUGCUGUCCGCCCCCUCGCCCGGCCCGCGUCCCGAGGGCGAUGGCCCCAUCGACCUGAGCAAGAGACCCCGCCUGCGCGAGCCCCAGAGGGCAGGCAUCCCCGCGCUGCCCCUCACUGACUACCACAAGUGCACAGCCUGCAGCAUCAGCUUCAACAGCAUAGAGAACUACCUGGCGCACAAGGCCUACUACUGCCCUGCCACCCCGCUCCAGCAGCGGCCCCUGGAGCAGCUCUCCAGGCUGAGGAGGUCCGCCUCCACCUCCCCCAGGCCCGGCCUCCCCGAGCGGGCCGACCCCCACCCUGAGCGGCCGGCGGCCAAGGGGGUCAAGGCGGAAUCAGUUGCCAUGGCGACCCCUCUGGGGCCGCUCCGUCCCGCCUGCACGCAGUCCCCCGCGCUCCCCAGCCCGCCGGCCCUGGGGCCCGAGGCGGCCUCUUCGCACCUGGUCACGCCCCUGAAGGUCCAGGCGGUCUCCCCCGGCGCUGUGCCUGUGGUCUGCCCCUACUGCCCUCUGAGCGGGGCCGUGGCUGGCGACCUUAUGGAGCAUUUCAGAACCGCUCACGGGUUGGUCCUGUCCCUCCAGCCCGGCGCCGCAUCUCCGGAGGUCCUGCCCGCGGGGGUCAGCCCCAGCCUGAGCCCCAGGGACGCGCCCCCCACCACGCCCCCCAAGCCAGGCUCCAAACCCCGCAGAGACAGCAUGAACGGCCGGGUGAAGGGGGACGGCGCCUUCCCCUCCCCCCACCUGCUGAACGGAAGCCCCUACGUGGCCCCGCCCAUUUCGCCCUCCGCCACCUCCCCGGGGGCCGCCCCCCUGCCUGUCUCACAUGUGCCUGAGACCCUUAAGGAGGUGGGGCUAAACUUGCAGGACAAGCCUCCACUCCACACGGCCCCGAAAGGCACCCUCGUCUCCCCGCUCCAGAACGGAAACAGUCGCUACUGCCGGCUCUGCAACAUCAAGUUCAGCAGCCUCUCCACCUUUAUAGCCCACAAAAAGUACUACUGCUCCUCCCACAGUGCCGAGCACGUCAAGUGAACCCCCUCCCUCCCCCACCUCCCUCAGACUCUACUUUCUACGAGAAGCGAACUGGCCCAGCCUAGACUUGAAGGCGCGUGAGAGACUCGAGAGACUGUUACUCACCAGGCAUCGGGGUCACCGCAACUCACCCGAUGUUCCAGGGUAUUGUUACUAUGGUAACUUAUUAUUCAUCAUGGGUCAAGUCGUUAUUACACUAAGAGAUGAAAUCUGAUACCUGCACACUUAGUGUGAACUCCGAUGUCCGACGUGUCAUGUAUUAAAGUUUGGACCCUGCAUUUAUCCUUUUAAUUUAGCUUGGUUAGCUUUGGGUGUAUUCUUUAAAGUUUUAUUAAUGCAGAUUAUGAUUCAUUCGAGCAUUAUGUGCCCUUGUUUUUAAAAAAAAUUAAUUUCUUAAGCAUUGACAGUUAGUCACUGGUGAUGAAACUCUGCCCUCUAGUGGAGAAAUCGGACGCCAGCGUUGAUUUAGGUGUAUUUGAAUGAUGUUUAAAAAGAAAAUAUACUGUAUGAUUGUUGUUCAAACACUGGCUCUUCCGCUGAAAUGAGAAACGGUGGAACUGCUGUAAUGAUGCUGAAACAGUUAUAAGUAGACCAUUUAUAGCUGAAAUCCAUGCAAAAUAUGAAACUUUUUUGCGGGGGUUGGAAAAAAUGUGAAAUAUUUAUCUUUGAAUCCUCACUGAUUUCAUGUGAACAUAAACUACCUAGUUUCUAUCAAAAGAUGCUGUUUGUAGUAUUUUUAUUUUAUUGUUUACCUGCUUUCCUCCCACCAUGCACGCUAAAUGCGUAUCCACCAACGCCGAGCAACUUCUACCCACACUGUCAAC